AUGGUGAACAGCUCUGGGCGGGCAUCCGGACAAAAAGCUCACUUGCUUUUGCCGACCUUGAAGGAGAAUGAUACACACUGUGUCGAUUUCCAUUACUACUUAUCUAGCAGAGACCGGUCCAGCCCUGGAUCAUUGAAUGUUUAUGUGAAAGUUAACGGAGGACCACAGGGUAACCCCAUCUGGAACGUGUCAGGGAUUGUGACAGAAGGCUGGGUGAAGGCGGAGCUGGCCAUCAGCACCUUUUGGCCACAUUUCUAUCAGGUUAUAUUUGAGUCGGUAUCUUUGAAGGGGCAUCCUGGCUACAUAGCAGUGGAUGAAGUUCGGGUCCUUGCUCAUCCAUGCCGAAAAGCACCUCAUUUCCUGCGACUCCAAAAUGUUGAAGUGAAUGUGGGACAGAAUGCAACAUUCCAGUGUAUUGCUGGGGGAAAGUGGUCCCAGCAUGACAAACUCUGGCUCCAGCAAUGGAAUGGGAGAGAUACUGCCCUCAUGGUCACCCGAGUGGUCAACCACCGAAGGUUUUCAGCUACAGUUAGUGUGGCCGAUACAUCUCAGAGGAGCAUCAGCAAGUACCGAUGUGUCAUUCGCUCUGAUGGUGGCUCUGGAGUCUCUAAUUAUGCAGAAUUAAUAGUAAAAGGUGAGUGA